AUGGAGGAACAUGGAACCUGCUCACUGAGGCCUCCAAUCUUGUGCCUGCUUCUUAUUCCCUAUGACAUACCUCCACCUGAGUUGGAAAGUGAAAUGCUAAGCUACCAGACCCCAAUAAAUAUACCAACCCUGAUCCGUAGAGAAAGGAAGCUUCACUCCCCGGAGGAAGCUGCCACCCUGUUGCAGAGCUGCUACUCCAUAUUAUCAGCUCCCCUUGAUUUGUCCAUCCACUAUAAGAAACGAGGGAAAGUCGCAGAGCUUAUCACUCCUCCCAUCCAGGAGGAACCUGAACCUGUCAGCAAUGUCCUGCAGGGUGAUGAUAUCUUGGCUUUGGCCAUUAAGCAGGAGGACUUACGGAAGCAACAUCUCCCCCGUCCUCCUAUCUUUCAAGGAAAAUGUGUUACCCAACAAUAUUUCAUUCGCAAGCACAAAAUCACCAAAGUCAAGAAGAUAGCACGUCACUUAGUAGCUCAUCCUGCUACUCCUGAAGCAAUUACAAAGCCCUUGGAUUACUCUGGGCCAGCAGAGAAAAGCUCUGAUGGAAAAGAACAGAUCCUUCCUCACAACAUUUUGGGAUCUCUCUCUGAAUUUAAGAGAAUAGCAAUUGACCGAGGAAACACUGAGUUGGCUGAAAUGAUCCCGGACACUAUUUGUAUGGUCAUUCCAAUAUUAGAGAAGCCAAAGAAAGAACCCCCAAAAGAAAAGGUAAAUCUCUGGCAACCACCUUCUCAGCAUAAAUCUCUGAAGAACUGGAAACGUAAUAUGACCCUGAGGCAAAAGCAACAAGAAGCUCUAAGUGAACAUCUGAAGAAACCAGUGAGUGAGCUACUGAUGAAUUCAGCGGAUAAUUAUCGGCGAGUCCAGGAAGAGCGCACUCUGAUUGAACGUUCCCUUGCUGCUUUACUUGAAGGGAAGGAUAGCAAGGUUGUCUGUGAGUUCUGGACCCAGCCUGCAUAUAUUGGAGAUGAAAUAACAGGGUUGGUAACCCAGUGGCAACAUAGCUUCCAAGAGACUGUCACUCAUGUAGGAAAGCCCCAGAGUGUUCAAAUGGAGUCAGGACUACCAUCUUUGAGGGAGCCUUGGUACCGCUUCACAUGGGAGAAGAGUCUCUUUUUGAUUGGCCGUCGAAAGGAACUCCAAUGCAUCCUUAAGGACUUAGACUUUAAUCAGCCGGAUAUCGAAGGACUUGAAGUAGUUGGCAAAGGACAACCUUUCUCAUCUGUCUCUGCACAGCACUUCCCAAUACUUAUAGAGGCUAAGGAAAGCACGUCCAAAGAUGUGACUCCAAAUCCCUUAGCUGACUUCCCUGAUGUGGUUCCUAUGCCUUUUCUUGGUCCUUCUUUGCUAUUCUGUGGAAAACCAGCAUGCUGGAUCGAUAGCUCUCUUCUGCCAGAUGAGAAACAAAUUGGCAUUGCAGUCCGUUUGACCUUUGAGACCAUGGAAGGUGAGAGGACAUCUUCUAUCCUCACAGUUGUAAACAAUGGAACUGCAGCUAUUUGGUUUGACUGGAGGAGGCUCCAAGAGCCCGACACCUUUGAAGAGUUCAAGGGGAUCAAAGCGCAGCGAUUUUACUUUAACACCAAGGAAGGUGUGAUUCUUCCUGGGGAAACAAAGGAGUAUACCUUCUUCUUCAAGUCUUUGAAUGCAGGAAUCUUCAGGGAAUGCUGGGAGUUUGGAACCCACCCAACACUCUUAGGGGGAGCUAUGCUGCAGGUCACUCUACGGGGUGUUGCCCUGAGCCAAGACAUUUUCAUGGAGGAAAGAAAGUUGCUGAAGGAAAAACUUGCCACCCAAGAAGCUACUUCCAUUGUACGGGAGUUGCUUGAUGAGCUGCUGAGAGGGAUCUGGUCCCCAGAUCGAGCCAUAUCCCCAGUGGAUGCCUACCUUACUGAAGAAGAUUUGUUCAACUACAGGAACCCUCAGCUACAUUAUCAGCAUCAAGUGGUUCGAGAUCUACAAGACCUAUGGGAUGAGUACAUUGUAUCGUGCCCCCCAGUUUUGAUUGAAGAGGAGGAAGCAGUCCCACCAGCUCCACCAGUAGAAGAAGAACAGAAGCUUCCUGUCGGUCCUGAGAUGACCACUACUCCAGGAGAGAAGAGUGACAUACUCAAGGUGACCGAAUUCCAGGGGGAUCUGGAAGAAGGAGGCCCAGAAAAGCCGGAGGCAGUUGCAAAGGCACCCAAGUGGAAUCUCUGUGUGGAUGAUUUAAAAAAGGCAGUAAUGGAGCUCCCCAAAGAAGAAAAGCGAGAAGAGGCUCUUAGCAGGCUCAACAAGGGAGCCCGGGAGCUGUGCUUGAUGUCGAGGCCACUUCAGUCGGACCUCUUGUACCAGAUGUGUUUCCAGCUGUGGCGGGAUGCAAUUGAUGGUCUGGUGACCCAAGCUCUAUGGCUGAAGAAUCUGAUGGGCAUCCCUGAGAAGGAUUCUGUUUAUACAGAUAGUUUAGAGGGACAAGUAGAAGGAAAAGCAUCUGGGAGAGUUGCAAGAGAGGAACGGAAACCCAUGAUCCAAGAAAAGAAGCAGAUCCCUGUGAAAGAAAAAGAGGAGAAGAAAGGGGGUGUAAAGUCACCAGGAAAAGAGGAUCGUACCAACAGCAAGAAGCACAAAGGAAGGGAAGAGAGGAGAUUACAGAAAUCUCCAAGUAAGGAGUGGAAAGAGAGAUCGUCUUCGGAUGAGCUCCCUCCUGAUCAGGAACCUUUCGCCUCUGAAUCUAUGGUGGACCCACGCAUCCAAGAGAAAUACAAUCAGAGGCUUUACAUUGAGGUCUAUGGGCUGCUGGAUUCCUUAGUGACUGAUAUGAUGCUGCUAUUUGAUGAGCUCAAGAACUCACAGGCAACUGAGGAGGAAUCUCUUGAUCCUAUUGAACCUCCCUCUUUUUCUACCUAA